AUUCCGCUAAAAUAAAUUGAGAAAAACGUUAAUGGGAUCAAACUUUCUCUUUCCAUGUAACUAUUUGACUAUGGUGUCGUCCUCGGUUUCUCAAGUCAAACCUAAACUUGCUUGUCUCUGACUCUCUCUCUCUCUCUCUCUCUCUCUCUCUUAUUCCUCGUUCCCUCCGACGAUCCUCUAACGUUGCUACCUUCUCCUGCGCUUGCAUUCUCCAUCACUCUCUCUAAGGUUUCAGAUUCUCCACACUUGCGAAGGAAAUUUCAGUUCGAUGGGUUCCAUCUCGCACGUGAUCACCACCACCACCAACCCCACUCUCACUCACCUAACUCUCACGCGCUCCCACUUGAGUUCCAGAGUCCUCCCACUGCCACGCGCCAGAGUCGCCAAGAAAGCUGGUGUCUUUGCGGAACAUAGCAAGCGAAGCUCCAUUUCCACCGCCAUCGAUUUCAGCGACCCUGAUUGGAAAACCAAGUUCCACGAAGACUUCGAGGCCCGUUUCAGACUCCCCCAUAUCACUGACAUCUUCCCCGAUGCUCCUCCAAUUCCUUCCACGUUUUGUCUCAAAAUGAGAACUCCGAUUGAUAAAGACUUUCCUGGUCAUUAUUCUUCCGAUGAAGAGUGGCAUGGUUAUAUUAAUAACAAUGACAGAGUACUUCUUAAGACAAUAUACUAUUCUUCACCUACGUCUGCUGGUGCUGAGUGCAUUGAUCCUAAUUGUACUUGGGUGGAACAAUGGGUUCAUCGAGCUGGGCCUCGGGAAAAGAUAUACUACAAACCAGAAGAAGUCAAGGCAGCAAUUGUUACUUGUGGUGGACUAUGCCCUGGUCUGAAUGAUGUCAUCAGACAGAUUGUAAUCACCCUUGAAAUAUAUGGUGUAAAAAAGAUUGUGGGGAUUCCUUUUGGUUAUCGGGGAUUUUCUGACAAUGAAUUGACAGAAGUGCCGUUGUCAAGGAAAGUAGUGCAGAAUAUUCAUCUUUCAGGUGGAAGCUUGUUGGGAGUGUCACGAGGAGGACCUGGAGUCGGUGAUAUUGUGGACAGUUUGGAGGAAAGAGGGAUUCACAUGCUUUUUGUAUUGGGUGGAAAUGGCACACAUGCUGGUGCCAAUGCUAUUCACAAUGAGUGCCGCAAAAGACAGCUUAAAGUAUCUGUAAUUGGAGUGCCCAAAACUAUUGACAAUGAUAUUUUAUUGAUGGACAAAACUUUUGGCUUUGAUACUGCUGUUGAAGAAGCACAAAGAGCAAUAAAUUCUGCAUACAUUGAGGCACAUAGUGCAUAUCAUGGAAUUGGGAUUGUGAAAUUGAUGGGCCGUAGCAGUGGAUUCAUAGCAAUGCAGGCAUCCCUGUCUAGUGGACAGGUUGACAUAUGCCUGAUUCCUGAGGUACCUUUCAAUUUUCAUGGACCUCAUGGAGUAUUGAGUCAUCUCAAGUACCUUUUAGAAACAAAGGGAUCAGCUGUAGUUUGUGCUGCAGAAGGAGCUGGACAGAAUUUACUCCAAAAGACUAAUGUUACAGAUGCUUCUGGAAAUGUUGUAUUUGGAGAUAUUGGAGUAUAUAUUCAACAAGAGACAAAAAGAUAUUUCAAGGAGACUGGUGUUCACGCUGAUGUGAAAUAUAUUGAUCCAACGUAUAUGAUCCGGGCAUGUCGAGCAAAUGCAUCAGAUGGAAUUCUGUGCACUGUACUUGGACAAAAUGCUGUUCAUGGUGCAUUUGCUGGAUAUAGCGGCAUUACAGUAGGCUUAUGCAACACCCACUAUGCUUACUUUCCCAUCCCCGAAGUGAUAUCUCAUCCUAGAUUGGUGGACCCUAACAGUCGAAUGUGGCAUCGUUGCUUAACUUCAACAGGUCAACCUGAUUUCAUCUGACAAACUACUUGUUCCAAUAAAUUCAAGAGGCUUGGCAAUUCAGGCUUCCAAAGAGUGUACAAUAGUAAAGAUAGAUUCAAAAUAUCUGGCCAAUUUGCCUAACAGGCAUGUGAAAAUAAUAUAAAGGAUGACAUUUCCUCCACAUUCGAAAGAUUGGUUAUUUAUUUGUAUAGCGUGGCAGUUUCAUAGUCCUGCCAACUGCAUUCAAAUUCAGAUUAUAGAGGAAUCGGUAAGCACUAUGUGCUUGAUUUUGAUCGAUUUGUAAGUUGUAACACUAUUUAAUCGAUAUUGAAGGGCAAAAUUUAAUGAUAGAUGAAUUGUUGUGUUU